UUGUUAACAAUUCAAGCUGUAAAUUAGUUAUCAAAAUCACUUCUUUAUUCAAUUUAAUUAAAUUUAAAUGAAGUCCUAAUUAGCGUCUGGAUUAGCCGGUAGAGCUGCUGUAUAACGGAGCAGGAGCUCCAACGCAACACACAAACUCUCUCUAUUUGCCGACUGAAAGUUUGCAACUUUACUGAGAUCCAAAGAUGAUUGUAACGGCGAAGCUAAGAUUGAUGAAAACCAUGUGUUUUGCUUCAGCUUUCAGGAGCUUCCGCUUUCCAUUGCUAAGGGAAUUGGGAAUGGGUAACUUUCAAUCUCCAACCCUAUUAUUUACUUGUUCUUUCCAUUCUUCUUCGAGAGCAACUUCCGCUCACACGCAUAAAGAUGCAAGCUUGAUAUCUAAAUUCAAUUCUGCUUCUUUUAGGGACGUUGAUGAUGCCCUAGCUUCCUUUAAUCACAUCAUUCUUAUGCAUCCUCUGCCUUCUAUUGUUGAAUUUGGUCGAUUUUUAUCUGCUCUUGUCAGAAUGAAACAAUACCAAACGGUCAUUUGCUUGUCCAGAACAAUUGAGUCGCUAGGAAUCUCACACAAUGUUUAUUCUCUUGCCAUCUUGAUUAAUUGCUUCUGCCGCUUACAUCUAGUGGAUUUCGGGUUCUCAAUUUUCGGAAAAAUACUCAAAUUUGGAUUGGAGCCCGACAUUGUGACAUUUAACACCUUAAUUAACGGCCUCUGUCUAGAGGGUAAAAUCAAUAGAGCAGUAGACUUUGUCAAUGACAUGGUUGCAGGAGGUUAUCAACCUAAUGUUUGUACUUACACUGUGAUAGUAAGUGGUCUUUGUAAAUUUGGGAAAACAAAUGUGGCUAUUUGGUUGCUAAAAGAAAUGAUUGAGAGAGGUUGUGAGCCCAACGCUGUGACUUACACUGCAAUUAUCGAUGCCCUUUGCAAGGAUAAGCUAGUUGCUGAGGCUGUAAGCCUCUUCUCUCAAAUGAGGGAUAAACGCAUUUCACCUAAUGUUAUCACUUACACCUGCUUAAUUCAUGGUCUUUGCAAUUUAGGCAAAUGGAGUCAAGCUCGAGCCUUGUUGAAAGAAAUGGUGGGGCAUAACAUAUCACCAAACAUUUUUACCUUCAAUAUAUUGAUUGACUCUCUUUGUAAGGAGGGACUGGUUUCAAAUGCUCAAAGUAUAAUCAAGAUAAUGAUUCAAUCAGGUGUGGAGCCUAAUGCUGUCAGUUACAAUUCACUGAUGGACGGAUAUUGUCUGCGUAGCCAAUUGGAUGAAGCUAUACAAAUUUUUGAUUUGAUGGUACACAAUGGAAUAGUUGAUGCUUUUAGCUACAGCAUCUUGAUUAAUGGAUAUUGCAAGAGCAAAAGGAUAGAUGAAGCAAUGCAACUUUUUGGUGAAAUGCCUCAAAAAGGUUUUCUUCCUGACACUAUUACUUAUACUACUCUUAUACAAGGCUUGUGGAAUGCAGGGAAGGCGAGGACUGCACACGUUCUUUUCAACAACAUGUGUUCUCAUGGUCAUCAGCCAGAUAUAAUAAUUUUCUCAACUUUGCUUGAGGGCUUGUGCAAACAGGGGGAUCUUGAUGAGGCACUUACAUUAUUUAAAGCAAUGGAAAAGAGUCAAUUGAAGCCUAAUCAUGUGAGUUAUACCAUUUUGAUUGAUGGAGUGUGCAAAGCUGGGAAGCUUCAUGAUGCUAAGGAAUUUUUUUCUAGGCUUUUUGAAAAAGGUUUGCAGCCUAAUGUUUAUACAUAUAGUAUAAUAAUUAAAGGACUUUGCAAAAAGGGAUUGCUGGAUGAAGCAUACAAGGUGUUUAGAGGAAUGGAAGAUAGUGGAUGUUUACCGGAUGGUUGCUGUUAUAAUGUGAUUAUUCAAGGGUUUCUCAGGCACGCAGAUGUGCCAAAAGCAUCAAAACUUAUUGAAGAAAUGGUUGGCAAGGGAUUUUCUGCGGAUGCCACGACCACCAAAUUGGUAUUGUGUUUAUCCCGCAAUGGCCAUCCCAUUUUGAGAAAACUACGAAAUCAAUCUAAAGGUUUUAAAGGUGUAAAUGUGAAGUGAGAUGUUAUCAAUCAAUGCCUGAUCAACUGAUGCAGGAAGUCUUUGUUAUGCUGUAUAUUAUAGGCUGUAUAUGCUCAUUAACAUCAAUGAAUCUGUUCUAUUGAUACACUGUUCAGAAAAAGCAAGGUAAAGCCAAUUUCCUAUAUACAGUGAGUAUAGUGAAGAUGGUUGUAUUUGGCAUAGGAAAAUGGACAAAACAACUAUUGGGUAAGCAUAUGAACGACUUAAGAUUUCUUACUGCUUUCUCUUUUGAUGUCUUUCCCUUUCUCUACGGAGAAUGCAACUCCUAUUACAUUAUGUGCUAUUUCCAUUGUCAACGCAUUUUGUAAAUUGUUUCAGUUUUGGAAAAUCGUUUCUCAGCGCACUAUGAUGACAUUAAAUUUCAAACUUCUGUUAACUUCCUAAAAGAAAAAUACUCGCAAAACUCACUAUAUAUGUCCUUUUAUUUGGAGGAAUUGUAAUAGUAUUUGGAAUCUCCUAGCAAUAGGUGCUUAAUUCUCUGUGAGUUUACAUAUUUAUGAACCUUCUUCUGUAUAAGAAAUCAGUGCAUAUGGUUGUUUUUAACUUGCAAGCAUCAUGUGAUUGUGAUUCCAUAAGCACAACUCAUAAUGUGCCUAUUCCCUAAUUUGCUCCUUACACAUUAUUCUUGACUUGGUGUUGCAACUGCAAAAUGUAGCAAGUAGUUUGGCAAGAAGAAAAAAAAAAGGGAUAACUAAAAACAUCUAUAGAAUAUUAUGUGUGCAUUGUUAAAUUUAAUGGAAGGGGAAAAAAAGGAUAGUUUUGCUUGCUAUUUCGUGAAAGUGAACCUUCGCGAACUGUCUGAAUGGAUUAUGCAUUAACCAGGGUGGUAGAUAUUUCUAUUACAAGUGUUAGUGAUAUAUAUCCAACAGGCUAGGAAUGAUAUGUUUCUGAAAUUAUAGUUCGAUUUGAUGAAGUUCAUUGAGGUGAUGAGGAGAUGGUCUCCCAUUUUAACUUGGUCUGGGUCUGCCAUUGAGUACCCAAUGGAACAGGCUAUGUGCUUUUGUUUGGGACUGCUAGUCUUAUCAUUUUAUUGGUAUUAUUACCCACACAUUAAUGGAGGUCUCUGAUAAGGGCAGAGAUGAAAAUGGAUGGAGAAACUUGAAGAAAUAUGGCCAAGAGUUCGAGAAGGAAAAUCAGUUGCAGCAAUUUCGGGUUCAUAGCUGAGCAGAGAGGGAAAUUCUUUUGUGAAUGGAGCUUGCACGUGGGCAGAAGCAGAGGAGGCAGAAGCUUGAGGGAGUGGUUCUUUCUACUCUUUUCCAGCCUAUAAGGUCGGGGGGCCAGUUUGUACUUGCUUAGGUGAUUCUGCUCCCGGUUACUUCUGCUUGUUUUCUUUUCUAUACUCAUGAACGUUCUCAUGUCCUUUGUGGUGUGUUGGGAACAAAUAUUACAGAGCUUCUCAUGAAUGUUCUCAUGUCCUUCGUGGUGUAUUGGGAAUAAGUAUUACAGAGCUUGUCUUACUGUAUCAGUCUCUGCAUAAAUUAUAUGCAGAAUGAGUUAAUUAACUCUAUUAAUUUUCCUUGCUAACGAUUGAACUCAUUUAAAAUUUCAUCAUUUUUAGCAUCUUUGCAGAAA